CUUUCUACCCUCUAGCUUGGGUUGUGGUAGAUAAAGAGACUAAGAGGACUUGGACAUGGUUUAUGCAACAUUUGCAACAUUCCCUUGAGCUUCAAAAUGGUGAAGGACUGACAUUCAUAUCAGAUAUGCAAAAGGGGCUGCUUGAAGCAGUAAGGACAGUCUUACCUUAAGCACAUCAGAGAUACUGUGCAAGGCAUAUUGAGGCAAAUUGGUGCCAAAGAUGGGGCAAAGGUGAGCUGAAAAAGUUGCUAUGGUGGGCUGCAUGGUCACAUAUACAGAGGAGUUUGAGGACCAACUUCAAGAGAUCAAGAAAGUUAAUGGAGAGGCUGGACAAGAUUUAAUAGACAAGUAUCCUCCAAAAGCAUGGUGCAGAGCCUAUUUAGAUACAGUGUGCAAAAAUCAAGCUGUGGACAAAAACUUUACCGAAUCAUUCAAUGAUUGGAUACUUGAAGCAAGGUACAAGCCAAUUAUUGAAAUGUUGAAAGACAUUAGGGUUAAAAUAAUGGAGAGGUUUGCAGCAAAAGAGGUUGUUGUGAUGAAGUGGAAAGAUGAUGGAUUUAGUCCCAAAAGUGACUUGUUGUUUAAUGAGUAUUUGAAGAUUUUCAAGGUUUGUAAGGUGAGUGGCGAUGAGGAUAAUGGCUAUGAGGUUACUGAAGGUGCAGAUAGACACAUUGUCAACUUAAGAGAGAAAAAAUGCACAUGCAGAACAUGGGAUCUGACUGGAAUUCCAUGUCCACAUGCAAUUAAGGCCAUGGAGCACAAGAAAUUGAUACCAAAAAUAGAAAUUCAUUCGUAUUAUAGUAAAGAAGCAGUCUUGGCAGUUUACAAACACAAAUUAUAACCUGUUA